AUGAGCGAUCCCACGCCAUCCAUGGUGGAGAAGGGCAUGGCUGGUAUCAGCGCCUCGGGGCAGGAUCAGCCGAUGGCUCCCUGCGCCACCUUCGCAGCACGCGAAUCGUCCGCGCAACGUCCUGGGCAGCGCUUCGCAGAGGUUGUGCAAAAGGCAAUCAAGAGGCAUCAGGAGCCGCGUCACAUCCCAGCAGGGAGUGCAGCGCUUGAUCAGUCCGUCGCUCCUGACCCCGACACCACGGGCGCCGAGACGAGGACAAACCCAGACGUUGAAGCAGCCAACAACAUAGGUUCUGCGCCCGCGCAAGGGAUGCGCACCGCGAGCACCAUACAAAUUGAAGCCGAUCGCACCGGCGGUGGGCAAAGCGACCAACCGCACUACACAUCCAGCGAUGUCGACUACGAGAAGAAAUACGCACCCGACGCGUAUGGCGAGGAGCUCAGCAGGAACGCGCGCGUUUGGAGCGUCUACAACGAUGAGGCCCAAAUAGCUGACAACGAGAUGGUCAGGAGUCUAAACGGUACCUUGGACGUACUCCUGGUGUUCGCUGGUCUUUUCUCCGCCGUGGUCACUACCUUCGUCGCGCAAAGUUCUCAGGCGCUGAGCCCGGACUAUGCGCAAAUCACGGCCUCUCUCAUGUACGAGCUGGUUCAAAGUCAACGCGCGAGCACAACCGGUACCCCGCCAAACGUUCCCAUGUCUUCUUUAUCCUUCGGCUCGGGAACAACUCAGACGACCGAUCUCUGGGUAAAUGGACUAUGGCUAACCAGCCUCACCUUCGCCUUGUUAACCGCUCUCGUGUCUGUGCUGGCGAAGCAAUGGAUUCAGCACUACAACUCGCUAUCCGGGGGCUCACCUCGUAAUCGUGCGCAUCUUCGGCAGUACCGCUUCGAGAACUUCGAGCGUUGGAAGGUUCGAGCUAUCAUCGGCUUCCUCCCCGUCCUCCUUACUGUCGCUCUGCUGCUUUUCUUUGCCGGCCUCAUCGUCUACGUGGUGCCAAUGGACAUCACUAUAUCCUUGGUUAUCAUUGGCUUCUCUGCGGGGAUCCUCCUCGCUUACUCUGUGAUGGCCGCCUUGCCUAUCUUCGUUACACACUGCGCCUACAAAACACCCCUUACUGACUACAUGAUCACCGUCGGUCAUCCCGUCAUACAUUAUGUGCUCAUCUGCCCCUUUCAGCAAGCCCAAGUCCUGUGCGACUUCGUCUACAAAUCAAUACGUGCCAAGGCCAUGCAACGGUGGAAUUUGCGGCAGCUAGCUGAGCACUGUCGCCUGAUUUGGUAUCGAGAUUCGCCUCGGAUACUCAAAGACCGCGAAGCGUCUAUCAUAGUGAGGCGCAAAAGCGACGUUUUGACGACGGAUGUGCUGGAUUGGCUGAUCUCUUCCCCUCUCAACGCAUCUGCAGCCAGAAUCGCGGUGCAGGCGUCAUCGGACCUCAAGCUAGACUAUGAUACUCAAAAGAUAUGGGCCUACUCCUGGCGUUCGCAUGACUACCUGCAAGCGCUGGAUCGCGACUACACGAACUUCACGCUCACGUCCGAGCACACCGCGAUCGCCGAGCGUCUGGCUCGUGUUGCGAUGCAUCAUAGCCCGGGCUACCUGCUCUACGUCGAACAGGUGUGGUCUCUCGACUUAUGGGAGCGCCUAUACAUGCAACGAGACCGAAUCGAUUCUCCUGCACACAGUGCAUUGCUCUGCCUUGUGCUCUGGAUACGCUUCUGCGAUGACGAGCGCCCGCUGUCGAGCCCCUCGGUUAUGCGCCGUGCCUCGGAUGCAUGCUCUCUGCUCGAUAUCUCUCUGACAGCACCGAAACUUCACCCUGUGACAUGGCGCGAGCUGGAUCGCUUGGCACGGACAUGCCUGCUCCUGUGCGAAGAACCCUGUCCAAUGGCACCCGAGGGCCGUGACGAGUCGGACUAUCAUCAAGCGGACAUCUUGCAUGAAGAAAUUGUUGCUACAGAAUGCCAUGGACAGUACAGACCGCCAGACGACGAGUUCGACCCCUACGAAAGCACAGCGAUAACCCUGGCGGAGUACUACGAAGGAUGCGAGUGGGCAGAGGGUCGGCAUGAAUUUCUGUACAACCUGGAGAAGCUAAAGCGCAUCCUCUCCGAGUUCAUGGAAAAGCUGGAGUCCGCGGAGCACGCGAAUGACGCAGCCGGGCUGGAAAUUGGUCGUCUUCCGGAGGGAGCGGCGGAGGCGCCGCUAGGCCAGGGGUCAGCAGGAUAUCGCGCGUAUCACGACGCUCCCGGCGGCGUCGGGAACGGCGAAGGUAUCGAGCGCGGAAUCGGUGAAGUCGGCGUCUCUGAGCGCGCGAUGGACGACGCUUGCGACGAGGGUGUGGGAGAACGCGAGGCCACAGACGUUCUGCGGCGUGACUCCAUCGGUGCAAAUGCUCGUAGUUCGGCCUGUGCGCGCACUCCCCACACGACGGAGGCUACCGCCGCCGUAAACGCAAAAGCCCCUGACGUCGAGCACGACGCAGGCCGAGGCUUUAUCAAUGCUGCACCAAAAGAGGUCUGCCUCGAUGCUGGAACCAAUGUCGACGAGCGCAGGGUCUUUGGCGAUCUUGAGCCUAAGCAGCGCGACGCUAUGCACGACACAGAAACUGACUCCACGUGGACAGCAAACGUUGCUGCUCGCGCAGAAUUACAAGAAGACUUGGAAUCUGCUGGUCCUCGCAAAGCGGUUGCCGACGUGCAUGUCGUGCAGGAAAGCUCUUCUGAGAGUGUCGCGAUUGUCGAACGAGGCAUUGACAAUGCCUGCGGGGAGUAG